AUGUUUAAUGAUAUUUUUGAUUUAUUACCAAUUGCUGCAUUAAUUCAUAAACGUAUUUUAUGCAUGCAUGGUGGCUUAAGUCCAUAUUUAAAUUCUUUGGAUGAUAUAAGAAAUAUUAAACGACCGAUCAAAGAAAUGGAAGAAUCACCGUUAGUAUGUGAUUUGCUAUGGUCUGAUCCGGUUAUUGGUUUAACCGGUUUUGUUAAAAAUGUUAUUCGUGGUAUUAGCAUAUGUUUCGGUGAAGAUACGGUAUUGAAAACAUGUGAAAAAUUAAAUUUAGACAUGAUUGUUCGUGCACAUCAG